UGCAUAUAUUCUUCACUGGUUUAUACACAGACAAUGAGGCCUAUUCACACUGUCACUGUUCUUUUAAUGCUCAUUUUCAUGCCUUCAGAAACAACUGCUAAUAACUUCAACAAAUCAUUAGAAGCAAAGGCUUUGCAUACAACUCACUGGUGGGGAGACAGACAUGAUUUAGAUGAUCAUUGUACAUGGUCUGGGAUCAAAUGCAAUGAAGCAGGUAGUGUGAUUUACAUAGACCAUUAUUGUGAAGGUGUAGGUGAACAAGCAAGCCUUGAUUUUCUUUCAUUUCCGAACCUCGAACAACUUCUUCUUAGAAACUGCAUGCUUGUAGGAAGCAUACUAGAUCAGCUUGGUUUGCUACUAAAUCUAACCCACCUUCAACUCAGUCAAUGUCAUCUCACUGGCGAGGUACCUGUUUCGUUCACCAAUCUCACCAGAUUGAUUUAUCUUGAUCUAUUUAGUAAUUAUUUCACGGGUGUUUUCCCAUCUCAGAUAGGGAAACUGAAUAGUUUGGAACUUGUGGAUCUUAGUGAAAACCAGUUUACUGGUCCAAUUCAAUCAUCUUUUAGUUCCAUGGUUAAUCUCACCUACUUGGACUUGAGCAAAAAUCGACUUAACGGGUCCAUCCCAAUGGAGCUUUGUAACUUGCAAAGUCUCCAAACAUUGGACCUGAGUGAUAACAAACUUUCUGGUCCAAUUCCCUCCGGAACUAAGUUACCUGUUCCCCUCGCGAAUCUCUUUCGUUUAGAAUUCCUUGAUCUUUCGAAUAACCAUUUCAUCGGCAUUCUCCCUACACAGAUUUGGAGUUUGAAGAGUUUGCUUUCCGUAUAUCUCAGUCGAAACCAAUUUAGUGGUCCAAUCUUUUCAUCUUUUGAUGUUUCUAAUAAUAAUUUCACUGGAAUUCUACCAUCUCAAAUAAGGUGUUUUCAGAAUUUGGUUAUUCUAGAUCUUAGUCGAAACCUAUUUACAGGCCUAAUACAUCCAUCUUUUGGUUACAUGACCAAUCUCACUGACCUAGACAUGAGCUCAAAUCAACUUAAUGGAUCAAUCCCAAAGGAACUAAGUAAGAUGCAGAAGCUAGAAAGAUUAAACUUAGGUGACAACAAACUUGAUGGUCCAAUUCCCUCAUCAUUGCGUAAUCUAAGCAACUUGAAAGAAUUGAACCUUUCAAUGAACAACAUCAAUGGCCCCAUACCUUUAGAAAUAGCAUAUCUUAACUUACAAAAAAUUGACAUUAAUCAUAAUCAUCUUGUUGGUCUGAUUCAUCCUGAAUUUGGUAUGGUCUCAAGACUCUUUUAUCUUGAUUUUUCAUCCAACCAGUUGUCAGGAAAUGUAUCGUUUAAAAAGCCGUGCAAUUUCCAACAUGUGGAUCUCUCUAUGAAUGAAUUGACUGGAGAUAUCUCAGGACUAUAUGCUUGCACUUAUUUAGAAUAUCUGGACAUUAGGAAUAAUAAUUUUGUUGGACAAACACUUCAAGUUUCUGACUUUCCAAACUUGGUGUUCUUAAACCUGUCUCAAAAUCAUCUCACCGCAAUUGCUCAUGAUCAUUCUUUGAGAAAGAAACUCAUUCUCUAUUUAUCCAUUUUUGUUCCGGUCCUUGUUGGAAUUUGCUUCCUUGUUCUUGGUUAUGUGUAUCGUCAUUACUCCAAGGCCUCCACGAAAAAAGUCCAGCUGGAAACAAAAGAACACGGGGAUGUAUGCUCGGUGUUGAAUUAUGAUGGGAACAUUGCAUAUGAAGACUUCAUUACUGCUACAGACGAUUUUGACCUCAAAUACUGUAUAGGAACAGGUGGCUAUGGUAGUGUAUAUGAAGCGAAACUACCCAGCGGUAAAACAUUUGCUUUGAAGAAACUCCAUCGGUUUGAAGUUGAGCAAUUUGACCAGAGUUUCAAGAAUGAAGUCCAAGUGUUAACUAACCUAAGGCACAAAAACAUCGUGAAACUCUAUGGUUUUUGUUUUCAUAACAAAUGCAACUUCCUUGUAUAUGAAUACAUGGAGAAGGGGAGCCUAUUUUGUGCAUUGAGGGACAGUGAAUUAGCUGUUGAGUUGGAUUGGAUGAAGAGGGUGAAAAUUAUCAAGGAUGUAGCCCACGCUUUGGCGUACAUGCAUCAUGAUUGCAUCCCACCUAUCGUUCAUCGUGACAUAUCAAGCAAUAACAUACUCUUGAACAAUGAGAUGGAAGGAUUUGUUGCUGACUUUGGAGCAGCCAGAUUGCUCGAUCCUGAUUCGUCCAACCAAACCAUAAUUGCAGGAACAUUAGGAUACAUUGCUCCAGAACUUGCCUAUAGCAUGGUUGUGACCGAAAAAUGUGACGUCUACAGCUUUGGGGUCGUAGCACUUGAAAUAAUUGUAGGGAAGCAUCCAGGAGAGCUCCUGUCAUCAUUAAACCGUUCUACAGGUCAAGAAACAUCACUGGAAGAUGUAUUGGACCCGCGACUUCCUUAUUCUAACGAUAAGCUGAUUCAGUUGAACAUUGCUCGUGUUUAUCAAGUAGCACAGGCAUGCAUUCUCACAGAUCCAAAAUCUCGGCCCACGAUGAGAACUGUCUCUCAGGAACUAUCUCGUUGAAGCCAUGGUUCAGGCUUUCCAUCUAUCUAGGUUAAUUGGUAAUGUGUAUGUUUUGUUGAUUGUUAUUUUUAUUUGGUUUGUACUUUGUAACUAAAAGAUUUCAAAAAGGUCAGAGAGAACGUAUUUUGUAUUAUUUUCUCAUUUUACAAUA